AUGAAUUAAAAUGAUGAUAUAAGUAUCAAAUGCCCAAAUUCAGAGCAUAAUAACAAUGUUAAAUUCGUAUGCUUUGAUGAAUCUUGUAAAUAAUAGAGAUUAUAUUGCAUAUAAUGUAUAAAAAAUGGAAUUCAUGUUUCUCAUCCUCAAAAUUAAGAAGAAUUGCCUAAAAUGUUUGAACAUAUUUAAUAAGUUGAAAUUGAAUGUGAUGAUUUAACUAAUAAGAUGACUAAAUAAAUGGAUUUACUUUAAUAAGACUUCUAUUUAUUAAUUGAAGGAAUAAGAUCUAAAUAUAAAAUAUCUAAACAAUAAAUCUUAAACUUAAAUUCUUAAUAAAUGAAUUCUUAUGUAUAAUAAAGUGUAAAUUUCACAAGUAAUUAAUAUAAUUAUGCAUAAAUGAAUUCUAAUCUUAAAUAGAAAAAUUAAUAUCUGAAUUACAAUUAACUGAAUUAAGUUAUAAUCAAAUAUCUAACUUAUAUAUAAAUAAAUCAGAAGAAUUAUAUUAAAAUGGUAUUAAAUUUAUAAUUUAGGAUAUAAAUUAUAUUCGAAUGAUAAAUAAUAUGAUGAGGCUAUUAAAAUAUUAGAUAAAGCAUUAAGUUUUAAUACAAAGCAUUAAUUAUCAUUAUAUAGUAAAGGUUUGAUCAUAUUUUAAUGUAUUAGCGGAGAGUUUAAGAAUGCUUGGUUAAUAUAAUGAAGCAAUCAUUUGGGCAGAUAAAGCUUUACAAGUUAAUCCAAAGGAUUGUUUUUCUUUACGUACUAAAGGUAUGAUCAUAUUUAUUUGUUUAAAGGUCAUUCAUUAAGAUUAUUGAAAGAUUAUAAGGAAGCUUUGAAAGCAAUUGAUUAAUCUCUAUCAAUCAACCCAAAUCAUUUGAGUUCAUUAUAAUCAAAAGGUUGAUGUAUGUUAUAUUUUCAAGGGCAUUGUUUACAAAAUUAGAAUAAUUAUUAAGAAGCCUUAUUAUUUUAUGAAAUAGCUCUAAAGAUUAAUUCAAAUCAUUAAUGGACCAAAAAUAGAAAAGGUAAUAUAUAUCUUGAAUAUUAAGAUGAAUGUUUAAAAGCUUUAAAUACUAAAUGA